UGCGCGCCUUCUUUUUCCUCCCGUUCGGUGACGCGGAGGCCCGGGCCGCGCCUGCUGACACACUCACACGCUCGCUUCGGCCCGGCCUGCGACUACCCCCCAGCCCAACCAUGGCGGCACUCACACGCCUCUCCUCCCGCCUGCGGUUCUGCCCCUCCGCCCGCCGCCCCGGGGGCGCCUGGUCCAAGGAAUGUGUUUGCUACUUUUCAACCAGCACACGUCGCCAUACCAAAUUUUAUAUGGAUCCAGUGGAAGCGGUAAAAGACGUCCCUGAUGGUGCAACAGUACUGGUUGGUGGUUUUGGGUUAUGUGGAAUUCCAGAGAAUCUUAUAGGAGCUUUGCUAAAGACUGGAGUAAAAGGACUAACUGCAGUCAGCAACAAUGCAGGAGUUGACAACUUUGGUUUGGGCCUUUUACUUCGAUCCAAGCAGAUAAAACGCAUGGUCUCUUCGUAUGUGGGUGAAAAUGCAGAAUUUGAACGACAGUAUUUAUCUGGUGAAUUAGAAGUAGAGCUGACACCUCAGGGCACGCUUGCAGAGAGGAUUCGUGCAGGUGGGGCUGGAGUUCCUGCAUUUUACACCAGCACAGGGUAUGGGACCCUAGUGCAAGAAGGAGGGUCACCGAUCAAAUACAACAAAGAUGGCAGCAUUGCCAUUGCCAGUAAGCCAAGAGAGGUGAGGGAGUUUAAUGGUCAACAUUUUAUUUUGGAGGAAGCAAUCACAGGGGAUUUCGCUUUGGUGAAAGCCUGGAAGGCAGACCGAGCAGGAAAUGUGAUUUUCAGGAAAAGUGCAAGGAAUUUCAACUUGCCGAUGUGCAAAGCUGCAGAAACCACAGUGGUGGAGGUUGAAGAAAUUGUGGAUAUUGGAUCAUUUGCCCCAGAAGACAUUCAUAUUCCUAAGAUUUAUGUACAUCGCCUUAUAAAGGGAGAAAAAUAUGAGAAAAGAAUUGAGCGUUUAUCAAUCCGGAAAGAGGAAGAUGUAAAAACCACAUCUGGUAAACCUGGAGAUAAUGUAAGGGAACGUAUCAUCAAGCGGGCAGCUCUUGAAUUUGAGGAUGGCAUGUAUGCUAAUUUGGGCAUAGGAAUACCGCUUCUGGCCAGUAACUUUAUCAGCCCCAGUAUGACUGUCCAUCUGCAAAGUGAAAAUGGAGUCCUGGGUUUGGGUCCUUACCCAUUAAAAAAUGAAGUUGAUGCAGAUCUAAUCAAUGCAGGCAAGGAAACAGUUACUGUUCUUCCAGGAGCCUCUUAUUUCUCCAGCGAUGAAUCAUUUGCGAUGAUUAGAGGGGGACAUGUCAAUCUAACAAUGCUAGGAGCCAUGCAGGUUUCCAAAUAUGGUGACCUGGCUAACUGGAUGAUACCGGGGAAGAUGGUGAAAGGAAUGGGAGGGGCUAUGGAUCUAGUGUCCAGUGCCAAAACGAAAGUGGUGGUCACCAUGGAGCACUCUGCAAAGGGCAAUGCACAUAAAAUCAUGGAGAAAUGUACAUUACCACUGACAGGAAAACAAUGUGUCAACCGCAUCAUUACUGAAAAGGCUGUAUUUGACGUGGACAACAAGAAAGGCCUGACUCUGAUUGAACUCUGGGAAGGCCUGACAGUGGAUGACAUAAAAAAGAGCACUGGGUGCGAUUUCGCAGUUUCACCAAAACUCAUACCAAUGCAGCAGAUUGCGACUUGAAAUGUGGAGUAGACUUUUGUCCCAAGCUGUGUGUUUUUCAUUUUAACCACAUGGGAUUUUAUUAAAAGGACAUCAGUAAUCAUAACUGUAUAUCUAACAAGCAGUUUUUGACUAGUUUUCUGUCAUCUUAAUGCUUUAUACAGCCAUGUAGACUUUGUUCUCUCAAGCGUACUGUGACAUUUUAAUGAAAAACAAAAAGAAAAAAAAUACUAUCUUAUUUGCUUUAUAAGUGCUGAGAAGGUCAUAUUUACAGUUGGUGCUCACAUUGGGUUUAUCUUCAUCUUCUGUGGUAUGUACAUUAAAUUGUGUGCAGUUUGUACCAAGAUGGGCCCUUACUUAGGAAGAGUUUCAUUGAUGUACUUUCCCUCCUAAGUAAAUCAUGACACGUAGAAAAAAAAGAAUGAGGGAGAAAAUGAACUCCACCCAGAGUAUACCCAGGGGAGCAUCGUACUAGUCCUGAAAGAUAACAUUUGUGUGAAUUUUAAUCAGGAGAAAUGCUGUCUUAAGGGUUAUGAUUUUCCUUCGGCCUCCUCUGUCUUUUUUUUUGGAGCCUCUGAUUUUGUGAUUACGUCUUGUUUCCCUAGAGCAUCCCUUCUCCCACCCCUCCUAACCCCCCCCCCCCCCACUUUUUGUAACUAAGUAGAUGCCCAAGAAGGCAAACAGGAACAUCUCUGUGUGGGAGAAGUAACCUGGUUUGUGGGAGAGACCGAAGGGUAUAGGGUCUAUUGGUGCUGACAUCCAACCGAGAAGUUGCCUUUAUAAACAAACCAAAUAACCAUCUGUGCUUUGCCAAAGAUUAAAGUUGCUUUUAGCAAGAGGGCUAUAAGCCUAACUGACCUAGUCAGUUUUCUCAUUUUUAAACCGUACAGUAUUCGUGUGUAUCCAGAGGGACCAUUAAGUGUCUUUCUCUGUGUUACUGUGGGCUUCCUAUACAACACCACUUCUUAGACCAAAAGGGGCUGUGCGGUAAUUCAUCGUGAACCCAUAGUAACAGUGACAGCAGAGUUAAAAAAAUCCUUGCUUUUCAGGGCCUCUUUUUUCUGCUCAGAAAAGUUUCUAAAUGUUGAAUGCCUUUUUCUGAAGAACAGUGUUAUUUCUUCUGCCCAGGCUUGUUCCUUGAACAAAGUACUUUUAAUUCAGCUUUAUCAAACUAAGGGAAAUACUGAUGAGCAAAUCCAGGAUUUGAAGAGCAGUGAACUUCAUUCUUAGAAAAUAAACAUGAUGGAUUAGGUUUUGCAAGGACCUUCUCCGCAGAGGUAUCCUCAGUAUCAAACAGUUCCCCAGGGAGUAUACCAAGCAUCCUGCGUAUCAAAUGGGAGAAAAGUCCAGGCACCCUGAAGACAGGCCAGAUUGCUGUCCUCUGGACAGAGGUAGGCGUGGUACAGUGCGAUACACCAUUUCUCUCAUACCAGAUAUAGGAAUUUAUGCAUGUUCUUAGCUGAUGGUUGCCACUGAAAUUCACUUUCUCUUCAGAUAUAGCUACAGUUCUGUCAUUUCAGAGGAAGGAGAGGGUUUUUUUGUGAGAAGCACACUCCAUAUAUAAAAUGGUCCCUCUGGCUGGCUGCAUGGUUGAAAGCAUACUCUCCCAGUACUGGUAAAACGGACUUUUUAAAGAAUUUGCCAGGUCUGGAGAAAUGAUAUACAUCCAUGUUAGAGUUAUGGUUUGGAAAAUGUGAUAUUGAUGGUUGCUAUAUUUGUAAACUUACUUAUUCUGUGAUUCUAAGAAUGUUCUUCACUUUGAGUGGCAAAUCCUAAGUAGAUGGCUUUAUAUUCUUGAUUAAAGAGUACCGUGGAUGGGGCUUCCCUGGUGGUGCAGUGGUUGAGAGUCCGCCUGCCGAUGCGGGGGACGUGGGUUCGUGCCCUGGUCCGGGAGGGUCCCACGUGCCACGGAGCGGCUGGGCCCGUGAGCCAUGGCCGCUGAGCCUGCGUGUCCGGAGCCUGUGCUCUGCAACGGGAGAGGCCACAACAGUGAGAGGCCCGUGUACCGUGAAAAAAAAAGAGUACCAUGGAUGUUAAGAAAUGCAUUAAGAUGUACAAUAAGUAUUCCAAAUUGAUAUAGAUUGGUGUGAUUGUCCUUUUUCUCGUUUGGGAAUGGCAUGCCUAAACGUGGGAAUAAUACAACAGAGAUUGGUGGAAUAGCCAAUAAUAAAGUUAGCACACUGUACCACUUCUAAUCGAGUUACUGCUUUUUCUUUUGAUCUUACCAAAGAAAAGCUAUUAUCCUUCAUGAAAGAACAAAUGAAAUGUUUACCUAGAUGAAUUCCGACUUUGCUCCUUGUCAAAGUCAAUGAUCUGUCUAUAAAAAUUGAUUAUCCCAGAUUUCACGUGUUAAUAUUUCUUUGCUUUUAUGUAACAUUCCUUUAGGAUACACACACAUCAGUAAUUUCCCAGUGGGGUGUUGCGUUUGCUUGCAUUUUGAAGUGGCUCUAGUGAUGUCUACGCAGCAUCUGUGUUGCCCCUCUCAUAACAGACUCACCCCCUGGCCAAGGAGUUGGGCCUGUGCUCAGGAUAUGCCUCUUUUGGUAGCUCUCCUUUGUCCAGCGUGAUUAUACCCGGGGGUGGGUGUAUGACCCAAAAUGUACCAUUCAGGUUAUUUAUCCUCUGUUUACAAACUGGAGAUGAGAGAAGCCAAUUUUCUGAUUCCUGUUCCCUAAGCCAUAAGAAGGAUGUGACUCUGGCACCAACAUCCUGCCCCCCACCCCCACCCCAAUACACACACGCUACAAGCUGAGCUCCAGGUGGAGAGAAAGAAGUGGAAACACACACUGCAGCUGUAGGGAGGAGGCAUCCUGGUGGUAUUUGAGUUCCUGUUUCUGCACAUAUCGAAGGCCAACUUCUCUCCAUCCAUGCUUGUAAAUGAGCCCCAAAUUUCCCCUUUUUGCUUGAGCAGAUGUAUUAUUGAGCAGAUGCCUUUGUCACUUGCACCCAGAGUGUGAACUCAAUCAGCUUUGGUAAUUCUUGAGUCCUAGGAGGGAUCUGGUCUCCUACAGAAGGUAUGCAGAAUACAAGCAAAACUGCUUGUCCCUGGGCCCAGAGAACACAUGUAAGAACAUUUAUAGGUGUUACCCAGUGGAUAGAAAGGUUGUGGGUAGAGGUUUUCUUUCUCCUACAUCGCAGUAUAGUCAGCACAACUUUGAAAAUUAUUCCAGUGGAAGUGUAAGCAGAGAUUUAUUCAAUGGAUGGGUUUCCUUGCACUAACCUUUUCCCUUUCCUCAUAAAACAUUACCUUGAGUUUCUUCAGCUUAUUUUCAGAUUCUUCAUUUUUAAGAUGAGGAGAAUAUAUUAUCUUCCACCAUGGUUCAAUAAAAUAUAAUUAAUACAUCUGGUUGCAAAAAUACUGACAGAUCUUUUAAAAAUGUCUGUCAGUACUACCAGAAUCGUCUCUUGUUCCUGUCCUUUUAUUUUCUACACUGCCUUCCCACUUCCCACUGCCAUACUGAAUAUCAAAGUGGAUUUACGCAUAAAUAUCAAUAAAUGUCAUGUGGUCUAAGUGCAUGACUGUGUGACAUAUACUUGAAGUGUCCUCGUUCCAUAAUAUUAAAUAUGUCUGUGUGAAAUCAUCCAAAGGCACCUUUCAUGUACCACAUAGCAAGUCUCAUGGGAGUGAUGCCCAUACUGAUCCAGGUAAGUAAUUAAUAAGACAAUUCCUUCCCUCAAAGCCACAAUCAAACACAAAUGAUAUUUGCUUGUGGAGGUUAAGCAUGCUUGAUUAUCAUGGUCCUCAUUGCCUUUAGUGGGGUGCCACUCCGGGUGGUCCACUUGGAAACGACCUCAGGCAACUACCCUGGCUUUUUUCUAGCAUGAAUCACAUAGGAUCCUAUUUCCACUGACAAACCAUGGGAGCCCAGGUACCUAAUGCAGUCAUUUUAUGUUUUGGGCUCAUUCCUAGGCAUUCUAUCUGUUACCCUUUAAAUUUUUCAAGAGAAGAUUAUAGACCAGGCUGUCUAUAAUGGGGGAAGCUAGUAAAAUAGUCUUGUUCAGGCUUCAGAGGCAACAAUAGGCCUUUGACUAAACAAGGACCCUGAAAGAGCUGCAUGCCGAGCUGCUAGACUGCAUGCAGCUCAGCAGAAACGGUGCUAGCAAGUCCUGGGAACCAACAGAUAAAGAAGGGAGUAAGUCACGAAGCUUCCUGGGCCUUGGGAAUCUGGCCAGUUCCCGGGGAUCAGCGAACAUUGCACCCUUCCCAACUGGGACUCCAGAUUGCUGUUACUCAGGACUUCCCAGCUGCUGCUUGGAUCUGGAAGUAGGUGUCGGCCCGAUUCGGUGAUGUAUGCUCUGUUAUAUACUGUUUAUAUUCUUAUUCCUUUCCCUCUAAUGAUUGUAUAUUGAAAUUUAUAUACUCUGUUAAUAUUCUUAUUCCUUUCCUUUUAAUGAUUGUAUAUUGAAAUUAAGUUAAAUCACCUUCUAUUAAAGAUUUGAUUGAAGCUGUU